AUGGAGCAGCAGAUGAGAGAGGAGCAGGGGAGAGGAACUUACCUUGGGCCAGGGAGGAAGCAGACCAUCGGGGAGGAAGCUGAUGAAUCUUGGUAUUCAUUUCUGCAGCCCGCUGACUGGGAGAUACUGAUAAUGGAUGCCAUCCUUGAUAUUCAUACUGAAGAUGGUAAACACCGAACAAUGAGGGUAAGCAUUCCAGACAACACACCUGCUCCGCCACCAGCAGACUGCACCGCGUGCAAGUCCCAUGCAGCUCCACCACCACCUCAACCUCCUGCGGAGAAGUGA